AUGAAGCUCUCCCCGUUCGCGUCCUCAUGCCUCCUCGCGCUCCUGAUCGACUGCUGUUCCAAUAUAAUCGCCCAGCGGCUCAAAGCGUAUAAGCUCGACGUCCCCUUCGUUUUCGAUCGUGUUCUCUUCUUCCAAUUCCUCGUCAUGGGUGCCAUUGGGGGUCCGGUCAACUUUCAUUGGCAAAGUUGGUUGGAGAGGACAUUUCCCGGCUGGAAGACCGUGGGCAGGAAACGAGAGUUUACAACAUUGGAUACCGAAGAGAAAGGAGUCUCGUUGGCAAUUCAAUAUGAAGGAUCACCGGGCCCAGGGCUGCACACCUACAAGGAGGAAGUGAGGGUUAGGAACUGGUGGAACAUUUUUUGCAAAUGGUUCACGGACUGCAUAACGAUGGGCGCGCUGUUGAAUACGACACUAUUUCUCGUGGUCAUGGGAGUCUUAAAAGGAAAACCUUGGCCGCAGAUUGGCUUUGAUCUCAGAACUGAAAUGUGGCCAAUAAUAUGGGAUUCCUAUAAAGUCUGGCCAGUUGCCAACUUCUUCAGCACGACAUACUGUCCGGUUGAGCGCCGCAUCGUGUUCCUUAGUUGCUGCGGAUUACUGUGGAACAUCUAUCUAAGCCUCGUUGCUGCGCGAUUAUGA